UAGAAAAACUCUCGCCAGACUUGCUUCUUGCUGCAUCCGAUUGAAAUUGAAAUAAAUAUCUCUAGCUACAAAGGCCUGCGGAAAAAACCAAACCUCCGCCAUUACAACGGUACCCGUCUUUGGAACGUCCUGAACGCGACCCGAUUCCAACGGAACCAGUGGCAACGAGGGAAAAUUCUGUGCCGUCAAAUUCUUCAGCAUCCAUAUUCGUGAAAAGCGAAAAAAGUUUGUGGCUCCAGCCGUGCAAGCUGAAGGAAAGCGAAAAUUUAGCGAUCCCAUCCAUCGCGAAGAAAUUCGACCCGCUGUUGUGUGUAUUGCUGCAUCUAUAACUGUGCUUCAUUAACGGUGUAGGAGUGAUUUUUUUUCUCUUGAAGUGGCUAAAUUUUCAAGCCAUCCCAUCAGUAAAGCUGAUGGUCCAUAAAGACUACUAGAUCUAUUAUUCUGUUUUGUUCCCGUUCCGAAAGGGAAGUGUCCUCCUCUCGAUCAGCUGUGUAACUAGGAACAGCAUUCGACUGCCAUUUGCGCAGGGCUUUAUCUGGAGGAAAGCGAACCUUCUAGUUCGGAAGAAAUCUGAAGCGCUGUGCCUUCGUUUGUUCAUUUGAUUAAUAUGUUCUGAAAGCUAUCAGAAAAAUGCGCACCAAAAGAACAGCUCGAGUUGCUAAAAUAUCUUCAUCCUCGGAUGGAGAAGAUACUAAAAAUGACAGCGACUCUUCAAAAUCCAAACCUCAGGAAAAAGCCAACAACAAAGAUAAUAGUGAAGCGGAAGAUUCCACUAUUAGCAAACAGAUAGAAGCUAAGAGAGUUUCGGGAGAAUCGGAGGCUUCCACAUCCGGCGAAGGAAAUGAGAAGGAUAGAUCAAGCCCUUCACCUUCUGAUAAAACCGAGAAACCGGUGAACAGUGAUGAAAGUCACGAUGCUGAAAAUCCUGAAAAGGACACCGAGAAAAAUGGCUUAGAUAAUGAUGAGGAGAAUCAAGUUGUUUCUUCUUCAGAUGAAAAGGCUGUUGAAAAUGGAACCCAUCAAAAGGAUAAACCUGAUGCUGACGAAAACAGCAGCAAAUCUGAAGAGCAAGCAGAAGAUGCUGCAGAAGUCAAGCAGGAGUUUCCAAAAAUGCUUCGAUUGGUUUCGAUUGAAAAACUCAUGAGACCGAGUUUACUUCCAGAUGUAAACUCGUCACCUCGUCUGCCAGAGAGAAGCGCCAAACGAGCCAACGCCAGUAUCAUCGAAAUCAGCGACAGCGAUGAAGACGAGCCACCAUUGGCUAAGAAAGCUAAAUCGGUCAAAACAGACUCACCAGUCAGGACUAUCUCCAGUGACAGUGAAAGUGACGUUCCUAUCAAACGAAAACCAGCUAGGCAUUCUAAUAAAUCGAAAGCUAAGCCAGUACAAGAAGAUGAUGACGAGGUUGAGGUUAUCGAAAAACCCAUCUCGAAAAAUAAAUCAAGUUCCAAAGCUAGGCCUGCGAUUCCAAAAGUGCCGGAUGGAUGUAAAACAGUUGUUUGUCAGCUGGCCAAAUUACCAAAUAAUUUCAAACCCCUCCUAGAGGAACAUAAAUUGAAUGCUAUCUUAGAUUCGUCCAAUCGGACUGUGCAGGAAUUCAAUUCCAAUUCCAAUUACUUUGGUCAAGAAAUUCGAUAUCGCGAUCGGAAAACAGAACAAGCAAGCAAGUCUAGGGCAGGGGAAAGUAAAAUGCGUAAAAGUCAAGUGGUUGAAUUGAGCGCAAGUGAUUCGGAUGAACCGAUUGCAAAGAUUGCUUCCAAAACAGACAACAUUCCCAAAAAUAAAACCAUGCCAAAACGGCCAGGUCGUCCUCCAGCGAAGCGUCAGGUAAGUGACAGCGAUGAAGAUUUCGAAGUCGAGUCGAAGAGCAAAAGUGCACCUAAACGCGGUCGCGGUCGACCAACUCGUAAAACCAAACUGGCCUCUUCGGACGAUGAUGAUGAUGGAGGCUCCGAGAUGGAUGACCAGCAAAAGAAAAAAUCUACCAGUACCGAUUCGGAUGAGUUCGAGGAAGAGGAGGAGAAACCCAAGAAAAAACGUUCCCGCAUCAAGAAAGUUUCCGAUUCUUCCGACGAAGACGGUGAAAGCAAGGGCAAAAAGAAAAAGGGUAAAAAAGAUAAAGAGGAGUCUGGAAGCGAGGACGACGAGGACGACUCUCCUACUAAGGGUCGCAAAAAUAUUCGCAAAGUUUUGAAAAAGUCAAAACUGGAACGAAGCACAAAAGAGGCUGAACAGGAGGAAAGAGAACGGAAACAACGUAUUAUCGAGCGACAAAAGCUCUACAACCAGGUAUACGACGAGAAACCGGAAGAACUUAAAGAGCUUACCCAACUAGUGCUGGACUUUGACGAGGAGUCUAAAGAACCCUUGCUUGAAGUGGACAACAAACUGGUGAAAAAGCUUAAGCCCCAUCAGGCAAAUGGAAUUAAGUUCAUGUUUGACGCGUGCUUCGAAAGUUUGGAACGGGCCAAAAAUAGCAAGGGUUCCGGGUGUAUAUUGGCACAUUGUAUGGGUUUGGGUAAGACACUGCAAGUGGUAACGCUGACGCACACACUGCUGGCUAACUCAGAGGAUACUGGAGUGGAGCGAGUGUUGGUCGUGUGCCCCCUGUCUACAGUCCUCAACUGGGUAAACGAGUUUCGAAUCUGGAUGAAGCAUGUCAAGAAGGGAACCGAGGUAGAAGUUUACGAAAUCUCAAAAUACAAGAAUAACGUAAUUCGUGCUAACCAGUUAAUGGAGUGGCACAACGAGGGAGGCGUCAUGAUUCUCGGCUACGAUAUGUUCCGUAAUCUCUCUAACCAAACGACUGGUCGAAUCAAGAAGAAAGUCCGCGAGUCACUCCGAACAUCACUUAUCGAUCCUGGUCCCGAUUUGAUUGUCUGCGAUGAAGGUCAUCUGCUGAAAAAUGAAAAAACUUCUCUCUCCAAGGCGGUCAACCAGAUAAAAACCUUAAGACGAAUCGUUCUCACGGGAACGCCCAUCCAGAAUAAUAUGAAAGAAUAUUUUUGUAUGGUACAAUUUGUGAAGCCGAAGCUACUCGGAACCUACAAUGAAUAUAUGAACCGAUUCGUGAAUCCGAUCACUAAUGGGCAGUACACCGAUUCCACUCCCUAUGAUAUUCAGUUGAUGCGAAAGCGGGCCCACGUGCUGCACAAAAUGUUAGAUGGCUGUGUACAGCGGCGAGAUUAUGCGGUGCUGGCACCGUUCCUGCCGCCCAAGCUAGAGUUUGUUGUUUCAAUCAAACUGACGGAUCUACAGUGCACUCUUUACAAGUACUAUAUGGAAACACAAGCAAGGCGACAAGCCGAUGAUUCCAAACGUUCAUCCGUACUAUUUUCUGAUUUUCAAAAUCUUCAACGAAUCUGGACACAUCCGCGAGUUCUGCGGUAUAACAGUGAUCGGUACGAAUACAUGCAACAAAAGAAGCGUGAGAUGGAAUCAGAAGACGAAUCGGAGGGUUCGAUCAAAGAUUUCCUGGACGAUGAGGACAGCGAAGCCGAAACAACGCCAUCGGAAUCGGAAUCGAGCGAGCACAGUGAUAGUAGCAGUGGGGCAAGUAUUGACAGCAAAAAGAAGAGCAAAAAGAAAAAGAAAGGAUCCAGUAGUCGAGCUAAUGCUGUUGGGAAUCGCAGAACGCGAAACAAUCCUAAUGCCGUCGAAGACGAUCUGCCGGAAGUAGUGGAGCAGAAGAACGAAAAUCCAACCGAAUGGUGGAUGUCAAUGUGUCCUGAGGAAGAAUUGGACAACCUGGAGCAUUCUGGCAAGCUGCAGGUGUUGUUCGAAAUUCUUCGUGAGUGUGAAACUAUUGGAGACAAAUUGCUCGUCUUUUCGCAAUCUUUAUAUUCGCUCGACGUGAUCGAGCACUUCUUGGCACUGGUCGACGAAAACACUCAGAAGGACGAAGAAGAUCGUGACGCCGAGCUGGAUAAGUAUCAGGGUUCCUGGACCCUUGGAUUGGACUACUUCCGACUGGACGGAUCGACUGCGAUUGAAAAUCGUAACUCUGCCUGUAAAGUAUUUAACGACGUGGACAACCCAAGAGCGCGGUUGUUCCUGAUUUCAACCAGAGCGGGAGGCCUAGGUAUAAAUUUAGUUGCAGCUAAUCGAGUGGUCAUUUUCGAUGUAUCCUGGAAUCCCUCGCAUGAUAUUCAAAGUAUUUUCCGAGUGUACAGAUUUGGCCAGACCAAACCAUGUUACAUCUAUCGAUUUUUAGCUUUGGGUACAAUGGAAGAGAAAAUCUAUGAACGGCAAGUUACGAAACAAGCCAUUUCCAAGCGUGUCAUCGACGAGCAGCAAAUCGAUCGUCACUACAAGGAAAACGAUCUGCAGGAGCUCUAUCGAUAUGAUAAUAUAGCUCCGGAAGAGGCCAGGCCAACGCCCAACUUGCCCAAGGAUAGACUGUUUGCAGAAAUGCUGAAAAAGUUCGAUCCACUUAUCUACAAAUAUCACGAGCACGAUUCGCUGCUAGAAAACAAAGAAGAAGAAACUCUGAACGAAGAAGAGCGGAAGUCGGCUUGGGAAGAGUACGAACAGGAAAAGAAUCGGCCGCCGGUUACUUACACCAAUACAGGUUACGCUGGCUACAAUGUUGGCAUGGGCAUGGGUAUGGGAAUGCGAGGAAAUGGACCAGUUACGUCCAGUACCAUCUAUGGAUUUAGGAAUGAUGUCUUGUUGAAACUGUUAAACAUGAAGGCUCGCCAAGAUUAUCCAAACUACAAUGAAGCAUCCAUCGGAGCGCUGAUUCCGUUUCUCAUGCAGGAACUUUGCCGGCAGAUGAAAGAUGGCGACAUAUCGAUGUAUAAAAAUCUCCUUGAGUUGUAUUACACCCUUGAAGGGCCUCAAAACUUUAUGGGAGGCUACAACACCGGCAUGAUGAUGCAACCGCAAAUGCACCAGCAACCUCACGUGACCCACACGAUGGACCUAACCGGGGCACAACCCGUGCAGUACAACAUGAGCCACAUUCAAAUGCUUCGACAGCAAGAACAACAGCGAUACUCUCAGAUGGAUGAACCUGGAAGUAGUGGUACAAACCGGGGUACCAUUAUCAGCGAGGCACAAAAACGGUUUAUGAACAACCCAAUGGAGAUAGUGGAGCUAGAUUAGACUGGAAUUUUAAACCCUAACAAACACAAACAUAAUAACUAUACGGUAGCAGUAGAUGGUAUUUAACCUGCAAGCAAGUAAGCAUAAUUUAUAAAAAAUAGUAAAAAAAAAUGUUAUCCAUGCAUAAGUAAGUCCUUCCCCCCCACCACUCAUCAUGAUAUGGAAUUAGAGUAUCAUUACCCUCUCUUUGGAAAGCGUGAAAAUUGGAGAACGUGGUCGACAUUUCGUAUUUUUCGUAAAAAUUCAAAUAAUAAUCUCAAUAGGAAAUGUCAGCAGACCUUGAGAGAGCAUCAACAGAACAAAAAAAACAUGUAGCGGAUCUCAUCCUCUGAUCAAAUUUAGAAAGCACGUCCUCACUUCUAUGAACAUUCAUAUUUAUCCGGUAAUAAAUGUGCUGUUCCCGACUGUAA